GAGCCCCGGGCAGGCCCGGUGCGGCCGCUGGGAAGCAGGCCCACGUCGCCUCCUACUAGGGGAGAGACGGCCAGUGUGCGUCACCUCCUGGUCCCUGCGGACGUCCCGCUCUGAGGGAAGGGGAGGUAGGGCCUAGAAAGGAAGCCCGAACUCGGGUGGAACUCGGAGCGGCGGUGCAGGAGCCGCUACGGCCACAUCCGAGAGGCACGUCCCACAAAACGCACGGCCUGCACGAGCCACCGAGCGGCGGCCUCGGGAACUGGCCGCAGGCCGAGUUUCCGACGGUGUUGGCCUCUCAGUGCCACCUAGGACUUAGUUAACGCUUGUUGCUCCCUGUUCGCUGAGGAGGCGGUCGACCCUAGGCUGUUCUCUCUCCAAGGAGAGAAGCAGCUCAAUGCUGGCUCUUAAUGGGAUGGGCCCGAGCGAUGUAGGGAAAGGGGAAACCCUCUGCCCGCCCGCUGGUUUAAGCUGCGGGGUCUGGGGUUUGUUGUCUUUAUUUGCCUUUUUUUUGGCUGUUGCCAGCUGAGCGCAUGCCAGAUACCUAGGCUAGUGUGACUCUUUCUGUGUUUUGUUACCAUGUGGAGUAAACUCAGAUUGAAACUAUCUUUAUUCUAUUUAAUCCCCCCCCCGCCCCGGAAAUUUUGGUCUUGUGCUUUAAAAAAAAAAGCUUUAAGGAAAAGAAAAAUGUUCUCUUUCUAGCCCGGCAUUGUCUUAACACGUGCGAGCUUAUCCUAAGGAACGCUUGAAGUGUUGUUCGCAUCCUGAGUCCCCCAAGUGUUGUUCCUGAAAGCAUUUAAUUAGAGAAAGUACAGAAGAGUAAUAAAUAGCACGUGGAGGCAACUUCAGACCUACUAACAUGAUGUUUAAUGUGAAUUACCUUGGGAACAAAAGCAUUAAAAGAUUACUUUGGACCCAAAAACUCCUUUUUAAAAAGCAUGAACAGUGCUAUUGAGCUUUUCUCCCCCCCGGUAAAAUAGCUUAUGAAACAAUAGUUUAAACCCUCUUUUGUUGCCUCAUUAGAGCCCCCCCAAAAAAUAUUGUCUUGAAAAUUGUUGAGUACAAUUACAUUAAAAAUUAGAAGUAGUUUGAGAAAAAAACAGACCUGCAGCCUAAAUAAUCUUAUGUGACUUUUAGUUUUAGGGUGUCUUUGUAACUGUCUCGGCUGUAGAGAGAUGUUUAAUGUGCGUCAGCAUAAUUACACCGUAUAAUUUAUCCACCACUGUCAGUUGAGAGAGAUUAGCUCUGUAGUAUGAAUCCUUAAUUUGUCUCUUGAUGUUUUCAUUUUAGCCUGUUUUUUUGGUUGGUGACUUGGAAUAAGUAAUACGCCUCAGCUGCUACAUACUUUGUCUUGUGUGUGCUCUCCUUUGUAAGAAAUUAGUGCUGUUGCAUAUAAACCGUUUUUGAACGUCAGAUAUUUUUAAUGAAAUUGUACAGAGAACUCAAUAGUCAAAACAUUCAAUAACAACAUGGGUAUUGAUAAAUUGGUAGUUUUGGGGCAGAUAGUCACUGUUUUGAAAACCCUACCAAGUUUGUCUUAAGGGCUUAGAAAGUAUUCUGAAUUUUAACUUCAUUUGAACAUUCCAGUGUAUUGGCACCAUAGGUAUUUUAUGAGUAUAUUAUUUCCAUGCUUAUGUCAGUGAGAGAAGCUGUUUACUUGAACUACCUGCUUUCACCUUAGAGAGGAGGCGUGAGGCUUUGAGUAGGGUUCCCCCCGGCCCCUUCCUUUUAGAUUUUUGUAGCUGCUUGAAAUUAGUAGAAACUUUAGAGAAGAGCUACUCAUAUCAUAUGCAUUGCCAUCUCGGGCCUUUUUUUUUUUUUUUUUUUUAAUGCUAAGAACUUCUUUAAUGAAAUUGACAUUUAUCGUGCCACACUAGUGGAGUCUUGAAUAUGUUCUCACUUAAGCCUCACACCAGUCCUAUUGGAGAGAUGUCUGUGUGCCCUUUUUUUAGAUGAGGCAGCAACCAGAAUGCAAACUGGGUCAUGAACGAUAUCCUUAUGGACUUAAACUUUCUUAGUUAGGUAAUUUUUUUUUUGAAGUAGGUACCUUUGUACUCUAAAGUCCAUCCAUCCUUCCGUAGCUGUUCAGUGGUAAAGAACCAAAAGUGAUAGUGCCGUGAGUAAUUUGGUUUCACGUUAAUUAAACAACACAUUUUGUGUACUCAGAAUAAGUAGAAACUAGAUCAAAUCCCUUUUGUUAAAAUAUUCCUUUGUAAAGAAUCUAGUAAUUUUACAUAACUAUUCAUGUUUUAUGUUAAAAGUUGAUUUGUAAUUUAAUUAUUAUUUUUUAUUGUGCUUUAAGUGAAAGUUUACAGCUUAAGUUAGUUUUUCAUACAAAACUUUAUACACACAUUCUUACGUAACACUAGUUGCUCUCCCUGUAAUGUGACAGCACACUCCUCCUUUGCACCCGGGAUUUCCAGAGUCCAUUCAACCAGCUCCUGUCCCUUUCUGCCUUCUCAUCUUGCCUCCGGACAGGAGCUGCCCAUUUAGUGUCAUGUAUCUACUUGAACUAAGAAGCACACUCUUCAUGAGUGUCAUUUUAUGUCUUAUAGUCCAGUCUAAUCUUUGUCUGAAGAGUUGGCUUUGGGAAUGGUUUUAGUUCUAGGUUAACAGAGAGUCUGGGGACCAUGUCUUCUGGUGUUCCUCUAGUCUCAGACCAUUAAGUCUGGUCUGUCCAGUAGAAUUUGAGUUCUGUACCCCACUUUUCUUAGGGACUCCGUUGUGUUCCCUGUCAGGGUGGUCAUUCUUGGUAGUCUGGCACUAUUUAGUUUUUUUUUUGGUCUCAGGCUGAUGGAGUCUCUGGUUUAUGUGGCCCUUUCUGUGAUUUAAUUAUUUUUAAAUACUGAACAUUUAUUCUUUAAAAUAUAAUUCAUGUAACUAAAAUUUUACAGUACUAAUUUGUGGUCAUCCAGAAUUUUGUUUUCUACGGUCCUAAAAUAUAAAACAUCUUAUUAAAUAGACUAAAAAUAGCAGUCCCUGAUUAAAAGCCCCAAACACAAAAAUAGUACAUGUGUUUAAAGGGAGAAACUUAAUGUGCUUAGGAAUUAAUUUUGAUAUUAGUAUAUUUCAAAGCCUACAUUGGGUUGAAGCAAUUUUCUCUUCUGAGGAAUUGUACCAGGAAUUGUAGAAAUUAUAUACCAGUGACAUUAAUAAUAUAAGUUUUGCUAUCAUAUUUUCCCUUUAGUUCAUUGCUUAAUCUCUUUGCUUUGUUUCCUAUUUUGUGUAUUCUGCUACAUAAUUGUUAUAGGAUGGGUACUUACAUAAAGAGAAAAUGACAGCUCAAUCCUGGUGACACACUGCCUUUCAAGGCUAAGUAAUGUGCCUUCACCUCCCUUCACUCCCCUCCUCACUCAGGGGGAAAUCUUAUCUAAAGAUACUGAUAGAGUUUUUACAAUUGCCUUUAAAAAGCAAAAACAAACACUUCCUGAGUGUGGGCAAGGCCAAACAGUGAUUUGCUGUGUCCAGAAAUAAAGUGCUGGAUCUGGAAUCAGUCAUAUGGAGAAAUUACUUAAUAGACGUAGUUUGUUUAACCUUAAGUGUGGCCCUGUGAAGUGGGUAGUCUCCCUGGUUUGCCCCUUCAGGUGUCAGAACUCAGAGGUGAAUAAAAUAGAGCAGCUGCCAGUUGAUUAAGUAAUGAAUAGUAGAGCAGUUGUCCCAGCUCCCCUUUUCAUGCUUUUUCUGAGCGCUGUCUGUGGAAAUCUUUCCUGUGGCGUAGUAGGAUGGGCCACAUAGCACUGAUGUCAUGUAUUAGCACAUACUAGUUCAGCUGGUUAUCACCUUUAAUGUUAAUAUUAUUACUUUAAUUUUUUAGAUUCUCUGUUCCAGAAUUAUUUUCUGGGUAAAGGGAGACCCAGAAUCAGGAAAAGAUAGGUUUAAAAAGGACCGGAAACUUUAACUAAUUAUAGCUCUUGGGUCACAGUUGAAAGAUAAGAGUUUCCACUAUAAUGAAUUCUGAAAUUUUUUUAUGCUAUUUGUUUUGAUGUUUUUCCACAGUUGUCUUUACACAAAACUUGUGGCUUUUGCAUAUAUGUAAAGCCAGUUAGUUUUCUGUUUCUGUGUCUCCAUACAUAGAGCCAAUGAGUUUGCAAUUUCAGCUGGGUCAGGUACAGAAAAGUAAUUGUUUUGAGUUUUACUAUAAAAUAUGGUAGUUUACUAAAACUAUAAAUAGAAUGCAGAGUAAAAUUGAACAUAAAUGCUUUUAGUUAUAAACUUAGACUUUGAAAACGCUGAUGUUUGCACAGUACUCUGGUUUUUGUUGUUUUAAGAAAUUGACUUCUGUUAUUUCAGCUAUUGCAUAGCAGGCCAGUCUUUCGUUGUUCAGGUGCUUUUGUAAUUUUAUAUCUAAAUAUGUGAAUGUCAAGCAGUCCUACCAGUGCUCUCUCUGCCUCCUGGGGAAAUCCCCAAACCUAAUCCUGCUUAAUUCCUCCUCUGCAUUAUCCUUACAACUCUCAAACCUCUUGUCCAAAAGGAAUAAAUUAUUGCUUUCAUUUUUUCUCUAAACAAAAUGGAAUGUUCUGUUCGAAGUGCUUAUUAAUCCAGAGACUCCAUCAUUCCAAAAUUAUGUAGAUCUAAAUUACAGCCGUUUAAUCCUUUCCUUGACAGUCUGUUUGGGUUUGGUUCUCCCCCAUGCCCCCAUGCAUUCUGACUUUUUGUCCUGUUUUCUCGACUGUUGUUAGAACUGUCCCUCAGAGCAUCAUCUCUUUCUCCAUAAAUAAACUACUCAUUUCAGGUAGCAGAAUACAUUCUGUAGGUUAUAACUGGGAAAAGAAAAAAAUUUUAGUGAUCAGGCAGCUUUCUCCUGUCAUAUCCUUUAAUAUGUUCUUAAAUAGCCUUCUUGUAUAAGAGAACUAAGAGACUCAGGAUGCAAACUAAUCAUUGACCUAACACAAAAACAAGGAAAAUUACCUAAAGACAUCUUGCGUUUCAAACCUACAUAUGUAUGCCUUCUGUUUGAAAUUAUAAUUGGACCUUUCUUUCAUGAGAAAAAAUAAUGUAUAAACCGAAACAUGAUUGUUAAUUGUUUUUAAAUGUAAAAUAGGUGAUAGCCAAACUUUCAGAGUAAAUUACUCAGGAAAUACCUUGAAGCCCUCUUAAAUUCUUUUUCAACUCUUAAGAUUUUGUAAGCUGUAUGUGAGGAACACAUCAUUUAAGUACUCUAGACUGUGUUAACACCGUAGUACGGGUAGUAAUCGAUGUGUUUCUAACUAGGUACUUUGUGUAAUUAGUGGUACAUCUUUGAAGGAUAUUAGAAUUUAUUGCCCAAAUAUAUUUUCUUAGGAUGUGACUCAUUGCCCAUAAGCUAGUUUGUGUAGAAGAAUUUAUAGAUCUUAACUUCUACAAAGCAAAGUUCCACAAAUAACCAGUCUAUUGUGUAACUUAUAUGGUAGUGUUUAGUUGAAGGGUCUUUACUUUUUGUGACUCCAUGUUUAUAAUUUUAAAUUGCUCUGUAUUUUAUGCUAGUUAAUUCAUGGGAGCCUCUUCUACUGCCACACAAUCUCAGUUCCUGCUGUAUACUCUAACAAACAGUGGAAGAGACUGUUGGGUCAGUAGGUGACAACUGCAGAGGUGUCUUCCUUAUAACGAUGCUUUUUGAGGUUGCUGCUCCCAUCAAUCUGCUCAGUAAAAAUAGCUCAUCUUGUAAUGGAGGGGAAAGUUCCAGUCGCAGCGCUGAGAAACGAUCAGCUGAAGAAGAAGCUGGAGACUUCCCAACAAAGCCUACAAAGAUCUCCAAGUUUGGAUUUGCCAUAGGUAGUCAGACGACAAAGAAAGCAUCAGCCAUAUCCAUCAAACUCGGGUCAAGUAAGCCUAAAGAAACAGUUCCAACUCUUGCUCCAAAAACCCUUUCAGUAGCAGCAGCUUUUAAUGAAGAUGAAGAUAGUGAGCCAGAGGAAAUGCCUCCAGAAGCAAAGAUGAGGAUGAAGAAUAUUGGAAGGGAUACACCAACAUCAGCAGGACCAAACUCCUUCAACAAAGGAAAGCAUGGGUUUUCUGAUAACCAGAAGCUAUGGGAGCGAAAUAUAAAAUCUCACCUUGGCAAUGUCCAUGACCAAGACAACUAAAUGAUGCGUUUUGCGACUGGGGCGUGGGCUGGGUGUAAAGUUAAAAGGAACAGUUUCCUUUUUUAAAGAAUGGUAUAAGACUAUCUUUGGAGCCGCCUUUUUUUGUUGUUGUUUUUUUUUUUUGGUCUUUUUUUUUUUUUUUUUUAAGUAAAGAUCGAGUGGUAUACUAAUAAAUGAGAGUUUGAAAUUAGAGGUAAUUUAUGUUUUAUAUACAGAUUUCAAGACAUUUGCUAAUUUUGUAGUUUCAUGUGAUUAGUUUCCAAAGGUUACAGGUAAUAAAGAAAUCAGAAGUGGUACCUUUUUAAGAAUUGCAUAUUUUUUUAAACACAACUAUUAGCACAUUAAGAGGGAAGCAAAAAGUUGUUGUCUACUUAAACUGGUUCAAAAUGCAAGCAAUUGCUCUCUAACUUAACUCCCUUAUCAUGUAAACUGUCUGGCUCCCAGGAACAGCCUUAUAGAAAGGGAGUAUUGUAUUGGGAGGCAAAAUGUUACUGGACUAUUGCCUGAAAGUCAAUUUAGAUAAAAUUAAAUACAGCUGUUUUUCUCAUGGGCAUUUGUUUUGUUUCAAGUCAUAGAGUCGUUUUUGCAUUGCUAUCAGUAGAUGCAGAUGCUUAGCUCUUUAAAAGUAACCAUUUUUUGAAAUUUUAUGUCAACUGUUGAAUAUUUGAAAUAGCUCACUUCACCUUAAUGGGUCUUGUCUACCUUCACUAGUCUUCGAAGAAUGACCAUUUGCUACCAAAGUAAAUCAGUAUUUUGAACGUGCUUCUCUUGGUUUUUUUUUUUUUGUUUGUUUAGCUAGUUCCUGAAAUCAUUUCCAUGAGAACCUGAGGAAGCUGUUUCUUUUAAAAUACAAACCACCACCCCAAUAUUCAAAUGUACAUAAUGCUUAUGUAUUUGGCUGUUUUUAUUUUUUAAAAGGUUAUGAACAUCUAAAAAAGAAAAUACUAUAUGAAGAUGAAAAGUGAGAAGAUGCACUUUCUGUACUUUGUCAAAGCAUUUAAGUUACUAAUUUGUGAAAUCCAAUUUGAAUUGACCUUACUACAGGAGUUCUUACUAAUGGAAUACUGUGGUUUAUUUUAAGUGUGUAUGCACUGACCACUGGGCUCUCAGGAGCACAUUGUAAAAAAAAAAAAUGCUGAAAAUAGAAGGACGGAAAAUGCAUCUUCAGACAGUUUAUGGAAUGUCUGACCAUACAUUGUUCUACGUGUUGGUGAGGUUUAGGGUGGUAUUUUCUUCCUUUUUUUUUUUUGUAUUUUUUUAUCGUCUAUGAACUGUUUUUUUCUUAAUGUGACAGUUAAACACAUCUUUAAAAACAUAGUCACAAACAAAAGGAACAUACGAUUUCCUUGAAAAUUCCUACAGUGUUAAAUUUGGAGGACAUGUCACUAUUUUAUUGGUGGUAACUGCUAGCUGAGCUCUUUUAAUAGGUAAUAACUCCAGAGAAGCAGCCUGACUGUUGUAUAUUCCUAACACUUUUGUUCACUUGCAUUUAAGUUUAGAAUAAGUCCCAAGUAAAACAAUGGAGAAAUGUAUAUAGAGCUGUUAGUUCUUACUUACUUACAUGAUUUAAUUAUAUCAAGAUACAUGAAUUUAACUUUAACUUACUUUAAUGUAGGCAAACUUUCCAUUUUCAUUCAUUUUAUUGUUUAUGUUAAAAUAAUUAUCCCUCUCCUACGUAUUCUUUUCUUGACCCAAAGGAAAUAUUUACCUGAGGUCAAGAUGGGAGAGAGAAAUGACUGAGAUGAAUGUCUUACUAAAAUACCAAUAAAUUGUCAAACUCAA